AUGUCUUCUAUCAAAAAAGGAACUUGGUGUGUUAUCCUAAUUAUUGGGGUGUUGAGCGCAUUAACAUGCGAAUUUACAGGUAAACCUUUUACUGCAAACAUUAAAAAGUGACUGUUUUUAUUUCAGAUCAGCUCACAUAUCUCCAUGUCGCCGUUCAUUUAGUCUUGCUCACAGUUAUUCACUUCUCGCUAGUGUUUCCAUUGGAAGAUCUACUCGACGGACUUGGUCUGACCCUCUACGACCUGUUCACCCUCUUCUAUGAUCCAGAAGAGUAUGGAUUCAUCGAAUAUGUCUGCAAAAGACAAGCUCUUUUUCGAGUUUUUGUUGCGUCUUAUCCUACGUGUGAGUUUUUUAUUCUUUACAAACUAUUUUCAAAACGGAGUUUUGCAGUUGUAUCCGCCUACUUUGUGCACGGACAGUUCUUCAUGGAAGAAGAUGUGAGCCGCUUCCCGCCGCUCCUUGACAAUCCAAACCUCUGGAGUGUCAUCUUAAUUUCGUCCAGCAUCUGUAUGAUUAAUAAUUUUUUGACAAAAGUGACUUAUUUUGUCUAUUUUCAGUAACAGUAGCGUACUACUUCUACAUCAGAGACUACACGAAGUGGUCCUUCUACCAGUACUUCCUCGAUAAUCCGGAAUGUCUCGAGCCCGUGCGAGAGUUAAUCCUCGACGCAGACACGUUCAGAAUUCGGUUCUCCCGUAAGUGUCAAUACCGUCCGUUGUACGAAAUUUCAAUUCUUCUGUUAUUUUUAUUUCAGAACGCGCAUAUCUCUACUGCACCAGGGAGUACUUUGUUUACGUGUCCAACUGGCGAUUCAUAGCAGUGAAACAAGCAGACUUGAGACUUCAGGUGGAUGCCACGAGGAUGCCGAUGGUACAGAGCAUCAUAGUCUAAAAAUGAGUUCAUGAAUUUCAUUUUCAGAUUCCCAAUCAAGAAGAUGAAGAGCGACUGAGAUACAUCUUUGUCAAAGUCAGCUUCCGUCCAACGUAUCUGCCGACGUUCACUCUUAGGUGAGUUCUAUUAAACCCAAUCGGUUUCAAUGACAAAAUUACAGCUUGCGGCACGAUUUCUACCGUCAAAUCAACGAAAUUCUUGUGAUCCCGAUCAUUGUGCCGCCUCACAUCUACAUUCCGCUCACAAUUAUGGAGGAAUUGAAAGAAGUAAGCGUCAUGAAGACAAGAAAACCUUCUUCAAAUUUUCAUUUCACUUUUCAGGAUUUCAUUGAGAGAAUCGCACAAAACGACCGACAUUCACAUCAUAUCAAAGAAGCAAGCGAUAGAGAGCCGUGUUUCGCUUGCGGCACAGAAGACAAUAUCAUCAAAAUAGUGAAGACGUGCGCGAACAACACGGAGCGGUGGCAGUGGAAUCGAGAAGGACAGCGCGUGUAUACGAGCCAGUGCGAGCCAUGCGUCUGUCGCCCUUUAUGGUAAGUGGUCCGCGCGGAUUGGGUUAAGAACAAAAGUGCAUGACCCGCACAUGUCCGCGAGAUGAAUUACCGGGAGAGUGGCUAAUUAUGCAGUCGUGACGGGAGCGAUGCGGGAUGACAGGUGGAUGAGAAGCCAUGAAAGGCGCUCGUUUUCCGUCUGCACCAGCACCUGUCCUCCAUUCAUUAUCCUGGUAUUGAAAUAACAUAUUUGUAUGCUCAUUUCACGGUUCACUAAUCAUCGAGCUGUUCGUUUCAGGUGCAAUCGGUGUAUUGCUCAAAUCUUCAUCGGCAAACAGAACAUUGACGAUAUCUACAGACACGACUACUGGAGGGGUACCAGUCAGUGCCCGACUUGCAGAAAAUGCUUCUGCGUCCGCGAUGUGCACCUCGUCGAUUUCGUUCUCGAGGAAAAUUGA